AUGAAGCUCACUCAGAUUACCCUGGCUCUGGCCGCUCUGCUGUCUACGGCCGCUGCUCAAGGCCUGGGCGAUUUGCCCGACUGCGCGAAAUCUUGCGCAACCAGCUCAAUUCCUGCGAGCUGUGGCAUUGAUGUGGCUUGUAUCUGCAAGAGCAGUACCUUCCUGAGCAACAUUGCUUGCUGUGUGGCCGACAAGUGCACCAAGCAGGAGCAGGAGGCAACCCUCGCGGCGGCCAAGAAAAUCUGUGCCAGUGGCGGUGUGACUGAUCUGCCCAGCGCCGUCGUUUGCUCGAGCUCCAGCGCCGCUACUGGUUCCACCUCUACGGCGUCCGACAAGACCGCAUCCGACACUACUCUCAGCGGAUCCGUCACCACCACCAAGACCGGGGUUUCGACCGAAACCACUGCUUCCACCACCGGCUCGACCACCGGAUCGACCACCGACUCGACUACUGGCUCGGCCUCCUCGGCGGCUUCGUCCGCUGCUUCGUCUGCUGCUUCGUCUGCUGCUUCGUCUGCCGCUGCGACUACUGGCGCUGCGAUUCUCGGCCAGAGCAAGGACUCUUCUCUGCUGGCUGCUGCAGGAGCCGCUGCAGCUUUCGCAAUCCUCGUUUAA